GUCAAGUAUACACGAUCAUCGCAAGCUAGAUCAGUACACAUGUACGUGCUCCCCGUCAUCGAUGAUAAGUGCGGUCGAACCGCAUUUGUAGUUCGUGCGCACGAAGCCGAGUGUGAGCUGAGCAGUUUUCAUUCAGUUGUCACGAAGCGCAGAUUGACGAAGAAGCAUAAUCGAAAUUAAAUUGAAGUAACAUCGAAAUGUCUACGAGUGUGUAACAGUUCACACAUUGUCGCAAAUUAUCGACUCGUCCUGAAACAGAAAAUUGAUUACAUCUUACCGGAUCGUUCGACGAAGAAUAUAGGAGCAAAACAAUAAAAAAAAAAAGUUUCAAAACUCGAUUUGCCUCUUAACCGGCAUGGAGCCAUCGACUUUCUAGCAAGAUCAUCUAUCGCGCUCUCAAACAAUAUAAUAUCUCUGAAAAGAAAUUAUUAUAGAAUUUGUAGAAAUAUUUCAUAAUCAUGAAACCGGUUAACUCAGAAACUACAAACAGCGUUGAAUAUGAUUCUUCGGAAUCCUCCUAUCCUCUUCAUCGGGAUUCCAGUGUGACGAAUGGCUUUCAUAAAAAAAUGGUCAACGGAAACGGAUCUACGGAUGUGCUGCAGGAGACGAUUCCCCACGGAUUGCGAAAAAAAAUGCAGGAAAUAAAAGAAGACUUGGGACAUAUGAACAACAUGAUAUCCGAGGUCCUGCAAAGCAUAGAAACGAUACCGCCGAAAAAGGAAGAAAUUUUGUAUAACAGAGACAAAUAUCGCGACAAGAAACAAUCCAACAAAGAAGGUACACUACCAGAUAAAGAGUUCCUCGAAAGAAAUUCGCUACUCACUGAUCUUUUCCAAAUCACGCACAUUUGUACGAUUUACAAUAUAUUCAUGGUAACUUUCCUACUCCUAUUUCUUAACACCGUCAUAUACGACAUCAUGGAAUUAGGAACGAUUCAAAUUGGGACCGUCACGAUACAGAAAGGUUUCGCGAAAUUUCCAGUUUGUUUCCAUAUUUGGUCACUUAUGCAAGUCUCAACAAUCGGUGUCUAUGUAGUCUUCAAUGUCUGGGCGUAUCAGCGACUUCAAUUUUUUCCGCAAUCUGCUAUCAAAAAAGUUUGGGAUUAUGGUUGGCUGACGAUAUUUAUAGUUUAUCAACUUUCCUUCAUCGUUUUUUCCACCAAAGCAAUGCUAGAUGAAGAUCUUCCUAUAGCUUGUAGCUUUAUUAUACUUUUGGAACAAACACGCAUGGUGAUGAAGAGUUACGCCUUCGUUAGAAGCGCGGCGCCCAAGUUCCUAUCAUACAAACCUCAUAAUGAAGUUCCACGACCAAGCAAUUGUGGGUUUUCGCAUUACUUAUACUUCCUGUUUGCGCCAACUCUUGUCUACCGCGAUAGCUUUCCAAGAACGAAAAGGAUCAGAUGGAUGGUGGCUAUUAAACAUUUCGCUGAAGUCGGUAUAGUCAUCUUUUAUCAAGCUUUCAUCGUGGAGCGUUUUAUCAUGCCGGUUUUUAACGUCUUCGGCACGCGAGACCUGGAACAAAAAUGGUAUAUCAAGAGCAUUGUCGAAGCGAGCAUUCCCGGGAUUCUCAUGUUUAUCUCUGGAAACUAUCUUCUGUUACAUGCAUGGUUAAAUGCUUGGGCGGAAAUGCUGCGCUUUGCCGACCGGAUGUUUUACAAAGAUUGGUGGAACUGCACGACUUAUCACACGUACCACCGUACAUGGAAUGUGGUAGUGCAUGAUUGGCUCUACACAUACAUCUACAAGGAUAUGUACGAGAUAAUAAUGCCGCGCAACAGGCCGCUGUCAAUGUUCGCCGUGUUUCUCGCCUCCGCAAUGUUUCACGAGUACAUCAUAGCGUUUGCGUUGCGCUUCUUCUAUCCGGUGAUGUUCGUUCUGUUCUUCGGUCUUGGCUUCUCCCUCACCUUCGCCGGCAAGUUCGCGAAGAGCAACAUUUUCAUGUGGAUGAGCUUCUGCCUAGGCAACGGCAUCAUGUUCAGCAUGUACGCGAUUGAGUACUACGCCCGAAUGAACUGUGCGCCUUAUUCCAAUUAUUACAUAGAUCUGUUCCUGCCGCGAAGCUGGAGCUGCCAGCGACUUUACGCGUAGGAUGUCCUAUCCUCGAUAAGCAAUGAAUUUUUUUCAAGAUCAUUUUCUUAUACUUUACUUGUAUAUAUUAGCUGAAUAUUUAUCUACUGUCGAAAAAAUCAUUUACAACAAACAAAUGAGUGAACAAUCUUGAAUUGUUAGCAAAAUGUGAAGAAAUGUUCUUUCGUAUAAAAUAAUAAUAGAAGAAUUAGAGAGUUACAAAUUAGAGUCCAAUGCUUAGCAUUUGAGCUGUUAAUAAUGUUAGUAAUUUUUUCUACUCGUUUGUUAAUAUUGCAAACCUAAUAAAAUCCAAUAAAUCGUUUUGCGACUUAAAAAAUGAAACUUGGGGACACUUUUUUAAUAGAUUUCCCUAAAAUAAUCGUAAAUAUGUAUAUAAUUUGGAUCAAGAAAAAAAAACGUAAAAAAACGAAUAAAACAUUUAAGAAUCACGUAUUGAUAAAGAAAUUGUUUACAAUCAGUUGUAAUCACAAACAUUAUCAAAAAUGCACAAAUUGGCCAACGUUUUGAUCCAUUUAUAAAUUUUCUCACUUGCAUAUUAUAAUUUUAAUAUAUUUUAAAUUCUUUUAUUAUUAAUUAUAAAAUUAGUAGAGAUUCGAAACAUUAUCCUUAAUUCUCAAAGACUUAUGGGUGGGGGGAGGGGGGAGGGGGAGUUCAGUGUUUAUUACGCAAUUUGAUUUACUACAUCUUUAGGUCAUUUUUAUAUAAUAAUCCAUUAUUCUUUUUCUGUUAGUUCGUUUGUUUGUAAAUUUUCUUCUAAAUGGAUUAAAACGUUGAAUUGGAUUAAACGACUUUGUACGUACACUUUUAAUAGCAUUUACGAUUACAAUUAAUUAUAAACAAUUCCUUUAUUAAUACGUGAUUAUUAAGUAGUUUUAUAUUUCCAUGUUUUUCUUGAUAACAAUUAUAUAAAUAUCUUGAAAUAUUCUUGAAAAAUUUAUUAAAGAAGUUUCGACGAGUUUCACUUUUCAAUAAGUCGUUCAUUUCUGUAAGUCGUUCGAAAACUUAUAAGAUUUUGUUAAAUUUGUAUCAAAUAGAUUUCCAAUAUCGAUGAAUAACUCUAGAGCAGAGAAAAAUAAUAAUGGAAUAUGGUACAAAAAUGAAAAUAUUUAAAGAUUAAGUAAAUCAAUUAAAUAUAAUAUAGAUAUAGGCUCGUCUAAAAACAAUUAACAAUGAAAUAAUAGAGGAUUACUAUAAAAGAUUGGUAUGUUAAAAACAGAUUGGAGCAAGUCGAUAUUACCUUAAUUCGGCAUUUAUUAUUAAUUGUAUUAAUUGUAUUAAUUGUAUUAAAAUUUUGGAUGAUAACACUUACAAUAGCCAAAAUAGCUCAAGAGAGACUCUUGUCUACAACUGCGAGCAUUUGUCGAGAAGAUUAGCAUCUAUCUCUACAAACAAUUUAUAACAAUGAGUCAUUUGUACAUUUAAAGCAUAGAGACAAUAGUGUUUAAAUUUUUAGUCGUUAGCUGUUUAAUCUUCGUCUUGUUAUUUUCCAUUGUCUUAUUUGUCGCAUUUGAUUCAGAUAAUAUGUUUGCAAUAAUGUGUUUAAUAUGCCAAUCUUAGUAUUCGGUGCCAAUAACAAACUUUUUCUAGUGGAUAAAUGUAAGUCUUUUCUUGUCGACAUGUUAUUUUAAUUAUUCUUGUUUGGUUUUGAAAGUGUCUUAAAUUUUUUCUCCAGAAGUUGAUAUUUUUGUAAAGUCUAAAUUUCGCCUUACAUUUGUUUCAUGAAAAAAUUUUACACAUAGAUUACAUGUUUCCUUGAUGCGUUUCUGUGGUAUUUUUUCGUUCUUUUAUUCACUAAAAUACAUCUACCCGAAAGAAUACCUUUUUGUCACACAAAUACAUCAAGGAAAAAUAAAUCUCAAUCUGUACAUAUAUAUGUUAUUUAUAUAGAUAUACAUAUAUAUUGUUAAUAUAGAUUACUUUGUAUAAGCUGGAAGACAUACGUUUUUAUUACUAUUGAACAAAACUUGGCAUAUGUAAAAACGUAUGUAACGCUUCAAUAAUAAAAAAUGAUUUCUUUUUAUAU